AUGCUGGCGCCGAGCCGAGCCAGGGGGCUCGAACGAGCCAUAGCGACGACGAUCACGCUGCCGGCGUUCCUCGUGCCGGCCUUCCAGACGGCGGCGGGGCCGCGGCGCGCCUUCUCGAGCAGCGCGAGCCGGUGCUCGAAGCUGGGCCGGACGCCGAUCACGGUGCCGCAGGGCGUCGAGCUGAGCAUCGGCGAGCUCGUCGCCAAGAAGGACCCCACGACCUUCCGCACCGACCCGACGCGCAGCAUCACCAUCAAGGGCCCGCUCGGCGAGCUCGUCCUCAGCGUCCCCGACUUCGUCUCCAUCAACUACGACGAGGCCUCGCGCAAGGCCCAGGUGAAGGUCCAGGACCCCACCAUCACGAAGCAGAAGGCCAUAUGGGGCACGACGUGGGCGUACGUACAGCAGUACAUCAUCGGGGUGUCGGAAGGGCACACGGCGGUCCUGCGCCUGGUGGGCGUCGGCUACAGGGCGUCGGUGGAGGAGCGGCCGCGGCUGGCGACGUACCCGGGGCAGAAGUUCGUGUGCCUGAAGCUCGGCUUCACGCACCCGGUCGAGGAGCCGGUGCCGGAGGGUAUCAAAGCCACGACGCCGCAGCCGACGCGCAUCCUGAUCGAGGGAACCCACCGCGAGAAGGUCAUGUCCUUCGCCGCCGACAUCCGCCGCUGGCGCCGCCCCGAGCCCUACAAGGGCAAGGGCAUCUUCGUCAACGACGAGACCAUCAAGCUCAAGCAGAAGAAGAUCAAGUAG